ACAAAUUGGUAAAAGGUAGCGAAAACAAAACCACCACUGACAGCUGUCAUGUGUGGCGUUGUACCUUGCGCAGCUGCUUUGCUUAUUUUAGCCCAUAGUACUCUCUUGCUCGGUAUUCGUUUUUACCGCCGACGUUUUAUGUUCAUUUAAGUGCGAGCUGUGCUCCAACAAUAAAGCUAACUAGUUUUAUAGGCUUUAGUGAAUUAUGUGUACCGAAAAAUCGGGAAAUUAAGAAAAUGUAAAAUAAAAGUACAUAAUAGUGAUUUAUAAUUGAAAUGACCAGUGAAGUUUUAAAUAGUGUAUAAAUUGUGUGAAUUGAUUGAUUUUUUAUAAUACCUACUAGUUGCACUCAUAGCUGGAAAUUAGGUUUUUCACGUAAUAAAUAGUUACAAAAAAAAGUUUUUUAAUAAAUAUUUUACUUACCUUUGCUCGGUUUUAUAUACCUACAUUAAGUAUACUAAAGUUAAUAACUAAUUAAUUAGUUAUUUAAAGUUGAAGUGAAUGAAAUGAAAACUACUAGCAAAAGAACGGUUGCGGCCUUUGCAUAGGCUUGGAUUAUAAUUGCAUUACGAAAGAGAAACUACACAAACGAACGCAUGAGCACAGCUAAAGCAAUUACGAAUUGUCUCAAAACGACUAUCGACGCAAAUUUCUAGCACUUAACAGAAUUUGAAGAUCUCCGUCUUUUAAUUUAUUCACAAUUUGUUUUUUGUUUUCAAAAAAUAUCGGCAAAUCUUUACGCGAGCGCACGCUCACCAAUAACCAAUUUCCAGUUUUAAGGAGUGUGGCAUCUCCUCCACUUCCACGCAUAUUGCUUUGCAGCAAACAAUAACAACAACAGUGUAAAUAUGCGACGAAUGCCAAAAUUUGAUUUAGCGUUGUCAAGCAAAGCGUCGACGCUGCUGUUGGUGCUGCUGUUCGGGCUCGGCUGCCUAGGCUUUAUACAAGCGGAGCGUGAUUUCAACUUUAACGACUCGCAGGUUCCAUUACUUGAACCACGUGACGAACCAGCACAUAUCCACUACGGCCAUGAUCCAUAUUCGGUGGAGCUGUCGAGCUGUCGCUCGGAAAACAGCGAAAUUGUGCUGUCUUUAGUGCUUAAAAGCCACGAUUGGACGGAUUUGAGUGACAAUAAGAAGGACAAAGUACUAGAGAAACUAUCUAAGUUCUUCGCCAUACCGAAGGAAUUCAUCGUUAUGGAAUCUGCCACAAAACGUGAACUCAGCGAAAUGCAGAAGGAAGCAAUACGCAGAGGUUACAACAAGUGCCAUAAUAAUAAUAAACACCCACUGGGACGAGUUAGCUUUGUGCUCGGCUGUGGUUCUAAAUUUUUCACCAUGAGUGAACCUAUAAAGAAACAGAUAGGUGCUCAGAUGAAAGACGGUUCUAUUGACAAUAUAACGGGCGAAAAAUUCGGCUGGUGGGUCAUUUGGCGAAAGCUCUACAAAUCGAGAGCGCAACGUAAUCGCCGCCAAGCUGAGGGUUCCGGCGUUGAUGAAGCCGAUGAUGCCGACUAUGAUUACGAGUACGAUGACGAUGAUGAGGACGUUGUGUACGUAUCCAACCCAAUUAAAAAUGAAACCGUAACAGAAGUGCCCGUAACCACCACACAUGCUCAUCGUCAUCACCACGGUGUUGGACAGUCGAAUAUCGAGGAUAACAAGCUGGAGUUGUCAGCGGCGUCCUCAUCGCCGGCAGCCAGUGGCGCGAAAGAGGAUGGCAUACUCGCCGCUGUGGCUGCCGCCUCCUCGUCUAGUGCCAAACAGCCGUCGUCCGAACCGAACAUAUUGCUUCCACAUAAACAGCCGAAUAUCGAUGAGGAGAUUGUCGAAAGCGUUUCACAAUUGGAAUCGGUCAUCACGAAGACAAUUGAAAAUACAAAGAAUCUCAAAGAGAUACCGGUUAUCGAUGAAGACGACGAAGAUGCACCGGUUGCGGUCGACAUCGCCAAGGAAUUGGAUGUGCCAAAUGCACUGGAGGAGCUCAAUGGUGGUGCACUCAGCGUGGACAAUGAUUACGACAAGAAUGUGAAUUUAAAUGAACAAAAUCAACCGUUAAGCGCAAAUGUCGGCCAACAAACGGUAAAAGUUGGCCAAAGCACAACAACCGCAGAAAUACCGCUACAUCUGCGUAAUGAACCUGCUGAUACUGACAAUUUCGGUGCUCCGGAGUCAAACGCCUCUGCCGCAGACUUAGACUCAGCGCCUGCUAUUGAGUCCAGCGCCGCGCUUAGUCACAGCUCGCUGGAUCGCGCCCAAACCGAAGAUUCGUUGAUUAACGUAUUUGAUACAACAGCCGCCGCCGUUCUAUUAGAAGCACGCACCAUAACACCGGUAGCUAAUACCUUAGAAUUCGCCGUAAGCGGUGCCGAGUUGUCCAAGUCCGAGACAACUUCUUUGUUGCCACCAGCUUUGCACACACCAGCAAUGAAUGUUUCAACAACACAAGCACCCCAUAUAUUGACCAAUACUGCCACGACCUCAUUAUAUGCAUCAUCAUCAUCCAUAUCGUCCUCCUCUUCAUCACCAUUAUCAUCAUCUGUUUCGUCCCUCUCUCUGCCUAACUCCUCAUCAAUGCCCGCCUCAUCUUCGUCUACGCCGUCGUCUGUAUUAGCAUCGGCUACGGUACCCACUUUCAUAUCGUCAACAAUCACAACUUCAUUUGCAACAACUUCUCCAACAACAACAACAAUAAAACCAUCAUUCAUCACUACACCAUUGUUAACCAAGGACGAUAACGAGACAAACACUUUGUUCUCCGAAUCAGAUGUGAGUCGCACGCCUCCGACUACACCGCAAGGUUCUGAUGCUGCCUCGCCUACUUCUUCGCUAACCUCACCAACAACUUCCACUUUUGGCACAACGCCAUCUUCCGUGAGCACUGAUGCUACAGCGCCAACGCUGCCCUCUACCGACUAUGUGGAGCCCAAAGUGGAGAAUACCCCGCCAAUGAUACGUACGCGUCUGCAAAAAUUCGCUGUGACCUCAGGCAAGGCCUUCUCGUACUCAGUGCCACAGGAUGCCUUCUACGAUACGGAGGAUCUGACAAACCUGCGCUUAGAUUUGACAGAUAAGGAUGAUCGUGAAUUGAAGGCGUCAUCGUGGUUACAAUUCAACCCCGAAACACAUGUACUUUAUGGAUUACCCCUCGAUGAUUCUGUUUCAAAAUGGCAUUACCGCUUAACGGCAACCGAUUCUGGCAAUGAUUCAGUAACGGAAACUCUAGAAAUAUCUGUGCAACAGCAUCGCGGUGUACGUACCGUUAAUCACGAGAUAAGUAUUACCGUUAAGAUCAACGAGAAGAAUAUACACAGCAUUGACUGGCAGCUUAAAUUAAUGCGCGAUGUCGCAUCAACGCUGGGUGAUGAAAACACCAACUCGUUGGUUGUACGCGAGAUACGUCCGAUGCCUCAGGAUCCAAAUACCGCUACUUUUGUGUACUUCAAUGAAACUUUCCCCACUAACGAGUGCCCGGAGUCGGAGCUCAAUAAGCUGGUCAAGCGUUUAGAUGCCAGCCGUUUAAGCGAUUUGGUGUACCCUACACUGAGCGUCAAAUCAAUAACGGGUCAGCUGAUUGGCGCUUGCCAGAAAUCGCACAUUACCAAACCGAAACCAACGACACAUAUGGCGACAAACGUGCCACCGCUGCCACGCAAUCAAGUAGAUCGUGUUAAUGCUACCGUCGGUCAUUUGCUCGUUUUCAAAGUACCCAGCGAUACGUUCUACGAUCCGAAUGAUAACGAACAACUGACAUUAACGCUGAAGACGAAGGACCACAAAGAGCUCAACCCGCGUCAUUGGUUACAGUUCGAUUCAAAGAAUCAGGAAUUUUAUGGCAUACCAAAGAGUGGUGAUGCCGGCUCAGAGGAAUACUUGCUCGUGGCACAAGAUGCUGGCGGCUUGAGCGCAACCGACGCUUUGGUUGUGGUGGUGAAUCAUGCACCCAAAAAAGAAUUUAGCGUCUACUUUAAAGCCUAUCUGGCCAUACGACACGAGCAAUUCAAUGCAGAUCUGCAGCGUAAAUUUGUGGAACGCAUUGCUCAACUCUUCGGCGAUCAAACUACACAGUACGUGCAAAUACGUUCAGUGACAACGCAUCAUGACUCGGAUAGCACAAUUGUGAAUUUCUACAAUACGAGCUUGUACAAGUCGCAUAAUCGUUGUCCCGAAGAGGAAAUCGAGGCUGUUCGUAGCGUAUACCUAAUCAAGGAUCAUAUGGUGCGCGAUCAUGUGAAAAAGAUUUUAGGACCUGAAUUGAACCUGACCAAUGUACAAGCAUUGCCGUUGGGCUUGUGCCAUCCACAAACUGACAUCAUCCACCGUGACUAUGUGCCCACGAAACCCGAUCAACCAACUCUAAAAUCGAGCUUCAGCGAAGAGUAUAUGUACACAAUCAUCUUGCCGGCGGUGAUUAUUGUCAGCAUGAUCAUAAUUGCUUGCCUCAUUGCGUGUUGUCUACAUCGUCGUCGUCGCAAGAGCGGCAAAAUGGAAUUGGGCGAUGAAGAAGAGCGUAGAUCGUUCCGCAAGAAGAAUAUACCUGUCAUUUUCCAAGAUGAAUUGGACGAAAAACCCGAAAUCGGCAAUAAGAGCCCAAUCAUAUUGAAGGACGAGAAGCCGCCAUUGUUGCCACCCUCUUACAAUACGUCCAACAUGAAUGGCGACAACGAUGUAGAUGAAUAUGUGCCACCGCCCGCUGUUGUCGUAGGAGGACGCGAAGCGCGGGGGAAAUCACCAGCAACGCCAUCAUAUCGAAAGCCGCCACCAUAUGUUUCGCCAUAAAAAUGUGAAUUGUGGAAUGUGGAGAGCAAAAGUUUAUGGCGAAAAACGGGAAUCUCCCAGCUACUGCUAAAUUGCAACAAAAUGGAAACUUUACUACUUAAUUCACUACAUAAACAUUUUUUUUCGUUUUAAGUUAUAUUAUAUAUAUACAUAUAUAAAUAAAUAUUAAGUCUAUACAUAUAUAUAUAGCAUAGGUGAUAGAGCAAAGCUACGAACGGCAGUUAAGUAGUGAAAACGACGAGCAGCUAUUAUGGCAAAUCAUUACAAAAUGACACCUCAAACUGUCGGAACUAAUGAACAAAAAUGUUGUAAUAAUUUAACAAUCAAAUAUACAACAAACGUUAACUCAACACAACUACAUUUAAUUAUAUUAUUUUCUUUCUAAUUUAUUAAAAAAAAAAAAACUCGAAAAACAACUCGACAACUAACGGUUUAAAUACUUUGGCAAAAAAAAAAUAUAUUAACAAUAACACAAAUUAAUAUAAUAAGAAUGAUUUGAAAAAAAUUAUUUUAGUGGCUAAAUAUCAUAUAUUUACUAUAGUUUAGCGGUUAGUUUGUGGAAAACCUCAAAAAUUGACUUUAAUUUUCUUUAAAAAUAACGGAUAACCGUGCUCGCGGCCAACUGGCAGAAAUUGUGCACAAAAGCGAGUUUGUAAUCACCCUGUAUGUGCUGACUUUACUCUAAAACAGAACCUUUGCGUUAAGUGCUAAAGGUGCUUCCGCAAACUAAAAUAUAUACAGUUAGAGUAUUUUACAGUUACGAUAUUUUAACUAACGGCGUUGCGUAACAUAGUUGUAUUGUAAUCAAAAUGAAAACGUGUCACAAUCAUUAUUAAUAUGCAUGUGUGUUACUUAAGAUUUUUCACUUGUAUAACAAAGCGAAAGCGAAACAAAAAACAAAAAAACAUAAAUUUAAAAAGAGGUUAAUUAAGAAAUGUCGGAUAAUCAAGCGCGUUUAUACAAAAGCCAUUUUCGUAUUUUCAUAACUAUGUAUGAUGAGUUGAAACGUUUUGUAUUUGUAUUUGUAAGAAGACACGAAAAAUUGUAGACGAAUGUCUACGCCGCAUAAGAAACGCUAACCAACAACAAAGAUGCUAAAUUCAAAAUACAUUUUUACCUACCAGCACACACUCAGCAUGGUGAUUUGAUUUUUAUAACAGCAUUAAAAGAUUUCGAAAAAAAUAUUAAAAAGAUUUGGAAUUGAAUAGAUUUCAAAAAGAAAAUAUUGAAAAGAUUUCGUAAAAAAUUUUUGAAAAGAUUUCAAAAAAAAUUUUUGUGAAAAGGUUUAGAAAAAAAAAUACUGAACAGAUUUCUAAAAAAAAAUUUUUGAUAACAAAACCGAUAAUUAAACGAUAGUAGUAGGUAGUAGAUCGUACUCAAAGUAGUACAAAUCAAUACUUUUGCAAAUUUAGUAUUUUUUUUGUAAUUCCGAUAUUUGUUUUUGCAAGCGUGGUGGCAAAAGAACGCUCAAAUCGGCAAAUAAAAAACAAAAAAAAUAUAAUAGUUUUUAUUUUUAAUAUAAAUGUUUUAAGUUUUAUUAAAAAAAUUUGUAUAUAUUUUUUUAAAUUUUUUAAACUAUUAGUUAAUUAUUAUUUUUUGUGUUAUACAUUUUUUAGAUUUUUCAUUAUUUUUUUAAAAUUUUUUUAUAAUAAAAUUUUUUAAUUAUUUAGUAUCAAUUUUAUUUUUCUUAUAAUGUUUUUUGUUUAUUUUAUUAUUAUUAUUUUUUAUUUCUUAUAUUAUUUUGUGCUUUAUUUUAAUAUAUUUUUUUGUUUUUAAUUUUUAUCAGUGUUUUUUAGUUGAAUUAAAUUUUUUUGUUGUUAUUGUUGUUUUGCGAACCUUUUGCUGCAUCUGUUCGAAACUAUGGCUAUAAGUUUUCUUAAGCGAGGUUCUUCUGCUGCUCGUUUAGUCGGACACAGCGUUUUGCAGACAUACUUUUGUAUUCUUUUGUUCUUUAUGUAUAUGAUUCGCAAAAAACAACAGAAAAUUGUUUAAUUAUACAAAUAAUAAAAAUUUUUGCAAAAUUUACUGCCAAUUUGAUUUACACACACACACACAUACAUACAUAUCUAUAGAUGCAGUUUUAAGUUUUAGCGUAUUAUGUUGAAUUUUGAGCAAUCACUACUUUAUACUUUACAAACAUACAUAUAUAUACAUAUAAAUACAUAUGUAUUUUUUUGUAAUUUAUAUUAGUGCUUAAAUAAUUUUUAUAUUUAUACACCCAAUUCAUAAAUACAUACAUACUACUUAUAUUUUAAUUAUGAAAAUCAAUCAAAAUGUAAAACAACAAAAAAAAAACAAAUACUUUAUGUUAAACACGACAAAUGAACGAUAUUUUGUUUUUGGUGUUUUUAGUUGUAAAAAUAAAUAUCUCGAAAAUUCGUCAAGUGAAAACAACAAAUGGUCGCAUAAAAAGAUAGCGUUAAUAUCGAAAGUUAUAGAUAAUAAAAUGCCAAAGAUAAAUGUUGUUGUAAUUUUAUUUCAUUUUAAGUUUUCGAGAGAAGACUGGUGGCUUGCGCUUAUUAUGACGUGCAUUCGAAAAUACAAAUUCGAUCUUCGAAUCCGGGUCUAAGCUGUUUUAUUGCACUUUUUUACGAAAAAAUUUUCAAAACUAAACUUAUAUAAAUACAAUAUUUUUGCAUAUCGGUUUGGUUUGAUUUUGUUUAAAACGAAUUUCUAACGUUGCAUGUUACAUAACAUAAGGUUUGUAAAAGUAAUUUUCAAACUUAUGUACAUACACAUAUAAACUGAGGCGGCUUCAAAUGCCAUGAUAUGUUGAAAAAAAGAUUAAUGAAAAGGUAAAAGUGAAAGCAUGCAAAAAAAAAUCCGAAACUUACUCCAGAUAAAUAUUCUUGGAGGGAUUAGGAAUUAGAAAAAAUUAAUUUAUGAACCUAUGUGUCUAAAGUUGUGCGUCAAUACAGUUGAGGAAAUAAUAUACAUUUAAGCACUAUUUCAUAUAUUUUUCAAAAAUUUUUUACAUACACAUAUGCAUUAUUAAAUUCAUUAAUUUAUUUUGAAUUAUGAAGUUAGGUAAGGUUCCGCUAUAUGUGGAAUAUUAUGAAUAUUUGUUGGCAAGAAGGACAUUUUUUUGGUGAAAGAUGGGAGAAAGUACAAGGAAGCUAUUAAUACCACUGUGGCUAGUGGAGUUUUAAAAAUGAUUUCACAACUUUUUUUUAAUUGAAUUAUUAAUUAAAAUUAAAUUAAAUAAAUAUAAUUUUUUAAUAUACAAAGUAAUAGGUUUUUGAAUAAAAAUCAGUUCUUUUUGCUAAUUUUCACUUAAUAUAAAAUCGUAAAAAAUAUUAUUUAAAGUUUAAGAGGAGUCGCCCACAUAAUAAACAUUAUUUUGCAUGCUUUAAAAUUGUAUAAAUAUUUUUUAUAAUAAUAAAUUGGUUCUAUAGAACGUAAAUGAAGCUGCAAAUUUACGUUUGCCUUUGUUUACGUCUUUAUAGUUAUAAAAAAUCACUUGAUUUAGUAAUAAUUUAUGUGGAAAAUUCACUUAAAGGGUGACAUGGGCUUCCCGGCUUUAAAAAAUCGAUUUUUUUAUUAUCGUAUUUAAUUCAAUCUAGAGAUGGAUUGUAGAUUAUUGUCCUAAAUGCUCAAGUUAACCCGAGUAAUAGUUUUGGAGAUACUAGAAAAGCUACGCACUCGAGGUCAGCUACAUAUAUAGUCACUAAAAACUGUAAACGCGUUUUUUUGGAAACUGUUGUUGGUUGGUUGUCAAGAUUUGUUACGAAUUACUCAACCGAUUUAAAUGGAAUUUUACACAAGUCUGCGAGAUAUAAGAGGUGCUUGAACGAAGGUUUUUUUUUUAUUUUAUUUUACAAUUAUUAAAAAAAAACAUCGACAAAUUUCGACCAAAAUUUGCAAAUUUUUUUUGUAAAACGUCUUCCCAAAAUACAAUUUUAAUUGUUUUGUUUUUCCUUCGUCCUAUAUCUAGUUUAUGGUCUUAAUUACAACACGUAUUUUUGAUAAUAUAAUCCUGUAAGAGGUUCUGCUGUCAACGCGGAGGCACAUUUUUAUCGCCGAGUUUUGAAUAUUUUCCUUUGAAAAUUUCAAAAAAUCUUUGUAAAAUAUCUAUCUUUGGAAUAAUAAAAAUUUUGAAUAAAAUAUUUAAUUUUUAUAUGAAAUUUUUUAAAUAAAAUAAAAUUAUUGAAAAUAGGCCGGUUUUUGGUCGAGGAAACCCAUGUAACCCAUAAUUAAUGUAUAUACAUACAUAUGUCCCAUUUUUAACAUUAUCUCAAAAUUAAUAUUUUAAUAAUAGUUUUUUUAUAAAAUAAUAAUUGAACUUAUGAUAUUCUCAUACUAAUCUAAUGGAAAAAUGCAACAAUGACUAUGACUUAAUUCGAGCAUAUCACACAUAAAUUAAUUAACUUUUUUUUUAUCAGUAUACAUUUUUUUAUGUUUUUAGUUUUUUGGGCGUGCUUGCAUUUAUUUAUUUUAUUUUUAUUCGAAUUUAUUGUACAUUGAUUUUUUUAUUAAAACUAUCUAAAACUAUUUAUAUUAACCUUUUCUCAAUGCCAUAUUGCCCAAAAUUUAUAAAGCGGUUCCUCAUGUGGUAAAAAAACAGUUUUCCACGUGUCCGUUUUGGCAGAUUUGUUUUUUUUCAAAAAUAAAAAGGCAACGAAAUUUGUUUCUUAACAAAAAAAUUUCAUAUAAAUUUUCGUGUGAUAAAAAAAAAAAGAUUUCCCAUGUGUCCUUUUUUUCUAAAAAUUUUUUUUUCAUCUUCUUUUUUCAAUAGUUUUAAAAACCUUUGUGUCAGUUUAAUUAUUAUUGCUUUAGUGUUGAAAACUAAAAAUAAUUUAAAAACUUUUUUAUUUGAAACAAAGUUAAUUUCUGCCAAAAAAAACGCAUAGGGUAAUUUUUUUAACGGCCUGCAGAACACCUGUAUAAUUUUUAAGGCAAAUCGGAGGGGUGACCUAAACGGAAGUAUAGCCAUAUACUGAUUUAAUUUACUUUUAUUUAAUUUAAGUUUUUAAAUCCUGAACAGGGUAUAUUAAGUUUACCACGAUGUUUGUAACUCUCAAAAGGAGACUUUAUAAACUAUAUGUCAUACAUGAUCAGCAUGACGAACUGAGUCGAUUUAGCUAUGUCCGUCUUACUGUAUGUACGCGAACCGACUCCUCAGUUUUUGAGAUAUCGAUCUGAAAUUGUGCACACGUCCUUUCCUUAUGUAUGUAUUUAUGUGCAUACAUUUGUCGGAACCGCCGAUAGCGGACCACUAUAGUACAAGUAUAUAGCUGCUAUACAAACUGCACGAUUUGAAUCAACUACUUUUUUGAAAAACUUUUUCAUAUGACGAGGUAUCUUCACGAAAUUCGACAUGGAUUAUUGUCCAAUGCAACGGCAUAAUCUCUGAAUCUAAUCAGACAAUUGUAGCACAUAGCUGUCAUACAAACUGACCGAUCAAAAUGUCUUUGUAUUAAAUUUUUUUUUUAAUUUUUACAGUAUUUUUGUUAAUUUUAUUUUACACAAAAACUCAAAUGUAUUAUCUGUUGGUAUAUAAUGAAUACUUUUUAUACUAAUUUUUAUGUUAAUUGCUUGAGAACUUUAUUUAAAUUUUUAAAUUGCUUUAAAAAAAUAUAAAAAAAAAACACCUUAUAAUAUUUUAUUUUUCUUUCACCAAUUUCGUCAGCUAAACUUUUUGAAAACUUAUUUAUAUUUAAUUAUUUAAAUAUUUAACGAAUUAAUCAUUAGUAUUUUGCAGCUUUGCGCUUGUAGGCGCUCAAAAAGCUUCCAUCCAAAUAAAAACAAAACAAAUUAUUACAUAAAUAUAUACUUGUAUAUGUAGAAGAAGCAAUUAAAUAUGAUUGGCUGAAUUUAUAAGCGGUUUUAAGUGAAUUAAAAUAAAGAAAGAAGAGAUAUUGUAAUAAAGGAGGCAAAAAAAAAGAGAAAAAAAAAGAUUUUAUGUGCUCAUACAUACAUACAUGCAUACAUACAUAUACCUAUGUAUUCAUAUACAUAUACAUCCAGACAAACAACACGUCUGACGCUACUCUUGCAUCAAAAUCGCAAUUAAUUACGUUUGUAUUUGUAAAACAUAGCCAUAAAAAAACAAACAAACAAAAAAAACAAAUGAGCAUCAGCUGAUGCUCACAUAACGCAUAAGGUUAUCACUUAUGUGUGAGUAAAUUGCAGGUUUAUUAAAAAAAUUUCAGUAAAUCAAUCAUAACCCACCAGCGUUCCUUGAAAAUACUAGUUAAAAAAAAAUAUAAAAAAGAGAAUUUUGAAUAUAUAGAAGCGACAACAAAUUGCAACAAUAAAAUUGUUAUUUAAGCUACAUACAUACAUAUACAUCUAUACAUAUAUGUGUUUAUAAGCUCCUCAUUCUCCUCCUCCUCCUCCUCCUGCAACUAAUUAUAUUGUAACUUCGGCGAAUUCUAAGCAAUCUAAGAAUCUCUAAGCAUUUCCCUUAAAUUUUGUAUCAUACAAACAAACAACCAUUGGAGUUAUCAACGCAGUCAACCUAAAUACAUACAUACUUAUAUAACUCAUCUAUGAACUUUAAAUAAUGCACCAAGGAGCGGAGUUGUACACAUACACACACACAAAAUAAAGUAAACAAAUACAAUAAUUACAUAUGUAAGUAAAUAAGUAAGACGGUUAAUGCAAGUAAAAAUACACUGAAAGAAACAAAAGUGCAGCGUUGAAAUUGAUUUAGGUAUUUGAAAAGAAAAUUUUACAUAAAGUAUUAUAGUGCAUGUGUAUGUGUGUGCUUAGUAAACCAAUAAUAAUAGGUAGUAAACAAUAAAAGUAAAAAAUAAAUAAAAGUUGAAUAUAAAUUUUGAAAAAUAAAAAUGUUGACUAAAAUUGUCCAAUUUUUCAAUACUUACAUAUACAUAUGAAAAAUAUAUUAAAGGCAUACAAAAUAUUACAAAAAAUUAUAAUUAAUAACAAUAAUAACAACAAUAAUUGCAGAAACAACUUGGGAUUGUCAUUACACAAACAAAAAAAAUUUAAAAAAUUUAAAAAUUAAUACAAAUAAAUCAUAAAUUUAUAUUAAGAAAUCAUACAAAUUAAAAGGAUGAAAAAUAAAAAAAAUAUUAUAUAUUUAAAAUAUUAACACAAUAUAAAACACAAAAAAAAAUACCAAAACUCUUAUGACCAGAUUACAGAGAUCAAUAGCAAGUUAAACGUAAUUUCAAUAUUGUAACUAUUAUACCAGUGAGUAUGAUAAGCAUUGAUGUAUUAUAUACAUACAUACACGUAAUAAGUUUUUUUGUAUGAGUACUACAGAGUACUGAGCAUAAAUAUGUAUAUGAGCGUAGAAUUGGUUACUCAACUUAAGAAUCGUAAUUGCAUGGCAUUGUGAAGCAUGCCGAUACUAAAUAUUUAUAUAUUUUGAUAAAAUUAAACAAAUAAAAACGAAAAUACCUAAA